UUUGACAAUUUAUAUUCGAAAUAUUACCUUUGGAAAAGUAAUAGAAUUUUGCUCCACUAAUUUUUAAUUGUUUUGUAUUAUGGCGUUUAUUUCUCCGUUCUUUCGAUCGCCAUGGACGGAUGUAACUGGCGCCAUGUUUUCGCACCAAAUGUUGGGUCGGUGCGCUAAACAGGAGAUGGAAAUGAUGGAUUGUUUGGAAGCGUACGGCCUAGACCGAGGACUACGUGAAUGCCAAGAUUUAAUCGAAGACUUCAGGGAAUGUCAGACAUCUCGGAAGCAGUUUUGUCGAUUUAUGGCAAUGCGAAAAGAAAGGGAUCGUCAAAUUUCCGAAGGAAAAUUGACCGGAGAUGACAGAUAUUGUAGUCCUAGAGUGGACAGCUAUUGAGUGUUAAAAAUGGGUAAUAAAUGUUAACGGAUUCCAACAUUUAUUUAUAAUUUCACAUUAUUUCGCAACAGUGGAUACUAUAUUGGCAUUUGUUCAACUACUAUAGCAUCAUAUAAAUACAAUAGUUUGUGCACAUAA